CUCUCAGAUUUGUUUCUUGAGCUGGGAGAGUGCAAGCAAAGGCCUAUCUUUGGCUCUUUGUGUGAUAGCCACAAUGGCCUCUUACACUGCUUACAGUGGCUACAGCAAGCCACCUCAAUCUUACGUAGGCUCAUACUACGAUGAGAAGCAGGCCAAGACAUAUGCAGAUUAUGAAGACUCUAUAAUUGAGGAAAAAAAGAGAUUAGAGAAGAAGGACCGUCGGGAUGCCAUCUGUUGUGAAGUAGUGGCCCUUGUCAUUGGUUUCAUUGGACUAAUCGGAGUGUCAGCCGUGACAGGGCUGCCGAUGUGGAAGGUAACAGCCUUCAUUGAGGAGAACAUCAUUGUCAUGGAGACCCGCUGGGAGGGUUUGUGGAUGAACUGCUACAGACAAGCCAACAUCAGGAUGCAGUGCAAGGUGUAUGACUCCCUACUGUUUCUGCCCCCGGACCUCCAGGCUGCUAGGGGUCUGGCGUGCAGCUCUGUGGCCCUGACCGUCUUCGCCCUCAUCGUUUCAGCAGUGGGGAUGAAGUGUACCAAAGUGGUGGACCAUCGGGCUCGCACCAAGCAUAUUGUUCUUGUGGCUGGAGGUUGUCUGUUCCUCUUGGCCACUCUCACUAUCCUAAUCCCUGUGUCCUGGACUGGCCAUGUCAUCAUCAGGGAUUUCUACAACCCCUUGCUGAUCGAUGCCCAGCGCAGGGAGCUCGGGGAGGCUCUUUACAUCGGCUGGGCGACCUCAGCUUUGCUUUUCUCUGCCGGAGUGAUCCUGCUGUGUCGUCACGCUCCCCGCACCCAGGAUUCAGAUGAGAGGAUUGUAUACAACCCCAACGGAAAUAUCUACCAACCUGCAUACACAUACCAGCCAGCGUACACGUACCAGCCAGCGUACAGCUACCAGCCUCCCUACUCACUACCCCCGCCAGGAUCUGUAGCAUACACACCAAGUCAGUACUAGUGAGGGGAAUCAAACACAGAGACAAUUUUGGAGUCUUUUUGUUUUUGUUUUUAUUUGCCAAGAUUUGACACAGUUUAAAUUGACUAUUAUGAUAAAGGCUGUCACUGGAAAUGGCCAAAUAUUUCAUUACUUUCUCAAAGAGGGCCAAGUGUAUUGCAUAGAUUUAAAGUCAUUAUGGAACUGAUUGUGUUUUGAUCAUGAUGACCUGUGCUGAAUUACUGUAUGCUUUGUUUCCAUAUGCUUAGCUUACACUAAAUUAUAUAAGUCAUUUAGAAGUAUUUUUAAUCUGUAAUAAUACAAUAAUUGUUGAUAUCACUGUCUUAACAACAGCGCUUGCUGGCUUUCUCUUUGAAAAAAAAUUAUGCACUAGGCCUUUCUCAGAUAAUAUACCUCCAGAUGAUUUGUGUUCACCUCUUGAGUUUUUGUUGUAAAUGUACAUACUUUUUUAAGUGCUGGCCUAAAUAUAAGGUCAAUUGUGGUUUCCAAUAAAAGGGAUAAAGUUGA